GAAUGCCAGUCCUGUUGAUUGAAACUCUUGAAUUGAAAUGGCAGAGAGUGCGCCUACCUGGGUCUGUCAAAAAUGCAGCUUUGAGAACAGGUCUUCUGUAUCAUGCUGUGAAAUAUGUGCCACUGACGCUGAUCUAGAACAGGAUGAGACCAUUAUAUCAGAUGACUCCAAAGAAGAUUCCGCAUUCUCCGUUUGGAGGUGUCAGAAAUGCACCUAUGACAACACUGUUACCAUCAAUGAAUGCGAGAUGUGUUUGGUGCCAAAAAACGAAAAACUCCAGUACUCGCAAACAGAGGACAAGAAGGAGGCUCUAGAACGCGAAACCAGGAUCAUCUUGAUUGGUCGAACAGGCUCUGGGAAAAGUUCUACCGGAAACAGCAUCUUGGGGAAACAUGCAUUUGAGUCCCAAGCUUCUUGUAGGUCUGUAACAACUCAUUGUCGGCGUGGGAAAAACCGGCGUUUCAACAAGCUCAUCCAGAUAGUGGACACACCAGGGUUAUUUGAUACGGGAAUGGAUAACGACACCGUCACAGAAGAAAUACUGAAGUGUGUUGGAAUAACUUCCCCUGGACCUCAUGCCAUCCUUCUGGUGGUUGGGAUCAACCGCUUCACAGAUGAAGAACACGAAACAGUCAAACUUCUUCAGAAAGCAUUCGGAAUGAACAUGAUGAAGUACCUCAUCGUUGUCUUUACCAGGAAAGAUGAUCUGAUAAGAGAUGGGAGAGACCUUGAUGACUUAGUGAGGACGGCACCCCAAGCUUUACAAAUGGUUCUACAAAACUGUCAGAAUCGCUGCCUUGUUUUUAAUAAUCGUGCGGACGAGGCAGAGAAUGAACAACAGGUUUUAGAACUCUUCCGUGUUAUUGACGAAAUGGUCGCUAAAAAUAACGGAGCUUACUAUACAAGUGAUAUAUUUGAAAAGGCAGAGGAAGCCAUCAAUGAAAGGGAAAUGGAGAUCGUGACUGACCACAAAGCCACUGCACAGAAAAGGAUGGAUAUUAUAAGGCGUCAGUUAUCAGUAGAAUACCGUGACCAGAUGGAUAAGUCAAGAAGAUACGAGAAGCGCUAUGAGAGAGAGUUACAAGAGAUAAGACAACAAAGGUUGAAAUUAUCAAAGCCACUACAGUGGACAGAGCAUGGUUCCAAUGAGGACGACGAAGCUAAUCAAGAUAGCGAUGAAAUUCUUCGCUCAAAGAUUGCAGCUCUAGAACAGAAAAUUCAGGUUGUUCACAAGCAACAGAAAGUGAUUAAGGAAUCAACUCAGAUGACGCUGCGAGAGAGAGAAAAGGAGGUCAUGGAUAUUCUGAAGGAAAUAUCAGCUCCUGAAGUUGUACGAGAGGAUGUCCGGGGCGAAGUACAACAAGGAAACCCUACAUUAUUAAAGAAGAUGUGGGUGAGCAUAAGAGACAUUGGUGAUAAGAUAGCUUCUGGUUUCAUAUCUAUCUUUGAAUUCAUCAAGAAAAAGGUCACUGGCAGUUCUUUAAAAUCUAACGCUUAGGACUGAUGAACAAACUGAAAACAUCAGAAUUUCGGAAUUGUGUCCAAUAUAUUGAAGCUCGUUUAAGGAAGAUGCCGAUACUGCAAACGUAAGCGUACCAAACUUUAAAGGGAAGAGGUAGUUUGCAAAAGAACUGGAUGGGAGAGCGAAUAAGUUAUAAUGCUUUCCUUGUGAGGUCAAUGUUAUCGCAACAUCAAUUUUGAUCCAUGGUUUUAUCGAAAUGGUGUGUUUGACUUUGGCCAACCUGUCACCAAACCUUGUUUUGAUAUUGCUCUUUAGUUUUUUUCAGAAUGUUUGCAUGUAUUAAUAUUUAAAUAUGAUAUCUAGUUUCCUAUUUACACGAGUAUCUUUACUCCAACACUUUACUUCAUAUUGUUAAAUGAUAAGUGAAAAGUGAAUGGUGAUAUUUUCGUUAUCUUAAACCAAAAUCAUUCCAGUUUCUGCACGAAGUUAUUUUGAUAAUGAGUACUUGAUGUGAUAAGUAGUUUAAGUAACAUAUAUGUGGUUUCCGUGUUGUUCAGAUUAUACAAAUAUGUCCUAUUCUUUCGUAUGCACACGUGUUUGAUAUUCAACUCUUAAAUCACAAAAAAAUACAAAGGACGUCACAUACUGGCAGAUUAUCUCAAUGCAAUGGAUAUGAAUCAAGGGCGACUUGUAACAGUAAUAGGAAAAAUCGAAACUGAAAAAUAACCACGUGAUGAAUAGAAUCUUAAAUUCGUUUCGAUUUCAAAAAAAAAAAAGUUAAAAAUAUAUUUUUUCCUUUACAUUUCAAUUGAAAUGGUUGCUUAUUUAAGGUAAAUAGUGUUUAUAAACGUUUAUAGGUCUUAAACUUAAUAUUCUAUGUAUCGUUCCAAAUAUUUACUUGUGUUCCAAAUUAUUAUCUUGAUUAUUAUCUACACUGUAUAUAUAUCAUAAUAAGUGUCAAAUAACUUUCAUCCGAAUGUGUAUAACUAUAUUCCUAUGAAAAAAAGUGUAAAUGCUAGACCUUAAUUUGGUAAAUUUUAUUCAUGCACCUAUAAAGAGUAACCAUUAAUGAAUAUCUGAUGAACUAAGUGAUUUUGUUGGUAUAAUGCAAUGUCUAUUUUUAUAUAUAAUCAAUAUAUUUUGUCACUUUGAUAUGUUUCUCAGCAAAAUUUCAGAUUAGAACUUUGUAUGGACCGAGUUGACCGCUCGACUAAACUACCAGUAACAGAAAUUAUAAUUAAACUGCAAGAACAACACUAAUUGACAAUCAAUAUUGUUUACAAGACCGAAAUCCUUAAAUUAAAUUUUGAGUUUUAUAUUGGAACUUAUUGUCAGUCAUCUUCAAUUUAAAAAAUAAAAAAGUGAUUUAAA